AUGACGAUGCCGGGAAGCCUGACGAGGACGGCGAGAUGUUGGAGCCGUCUCGCGAGGGAGAUUCGAAGCCAUGCAGCAGCCGCCGAGGCCGGUGGGAGCCAUGGCCACCCGCAUACGGCUCCCGGUCUGAGGGCUUUCUUCGCCAGCUACAGCGGGCUACGGCCACGUCUCAACCCGAGUGUGGGUGGCAUUGCGAGCGGGCGUGUGACCGUGACCGUGACCGUAAGUGGUGGCCAGCGACAUUUCGGAAGCAAACCACGAUCCUCCGCUUCUAUCCGAACGCACCUGAGCAAAGGUUCGGCCUUGCCAAGGUAA